AUGUUCGCAGCAGGCAAGGGUCGAUUGUUUGCAGUCGUCGUCUCAAGCCCACCCAAGUUCCCCACAGCUCCGCCUCUGUCCAUUUCCUACGUAGCAGCGCUCUAUGGUGUACCAGUGAUUGGCGUGAGCACUCGUCAGGCCGUGUUCAGUGACAAGUACGCCCACGCGACCUUCCUGCGCACAGUGCCGCCGUAUUCUCUCGAGUCGCAAGUCUGGGUAGAGCUGAUCUCGGCCUUUGACUGGCACGAAGUCGUCCUCAUUCAUUCCGACAAUAAUCAGGAUGCCAAGGCACUCCUUGCCUACCUGGAACACUCACAGCAGGCCGUCGACUUCAAGAUCUCUCAAACCAUCACGCUGAACACGGACGAAGAAGACGCUGUCAGUCACAAGGAACUCGCAGCUAGACUAGAGGCCAUCAGAUCGGGUCAAACGCGCGCCAUCCUCCUCUUCGUCACACGUCGUUACUCCGAGCACAUCUUUAAAGUCGCCACUCGGCUUGGACUAUUGCGUAGGGAGUGGGCCUGGAUCGUGUCUGAGCAGUGUCUUGGAGCGCAAAACCUUCCUUCGGGGGUGCUCAGCGUUCGCCUAGCGCUGUCUGAUGAGCUGCUGCAUGUCGACGAUGCUGCACGAGUUGCAACCGAAGGCAUCAUUAGCCUAACUCGACGCGACCCGGGCGCCAUGUUCGAACUCGAGUCCAUCAAGAAUUGCAAUCAGGAGAUUGAAAUUGUCGAAAGGCUCCCCCACAACUCCAAUUACUCCUGGCUCGAUUACUCCUCGAAGUUGUAUGAGUCAAUGACCAGCGUAGUUUUCGAGGACGGUGCGACCGGCCACGUCCAAUUUGACAGUCGCGGUGAUCGCGUUGGCUCUCUCUACAAAGUCGUCAAUGUACAGCCUCAGAGCAACUGCCGCGCGAGCCGUUGCGAGCCCAACUUAGUCGUUGUUGGAAAGUAUGGCCUGGUUCAUACCUCAGACAAACAAAAGGCGCCUAGGCUAACGGUGGACACACAACGAAUCUUCUGGCCAGGUGGCUACAGACUAACAAAGGCCGUUGACGUCUGCGUGAAAACCAAACCACGCACCAACGAGUGUCUGGAGAAGGCGGUGAAGUUCCUGCCGCCUCCGAGUUUCAAGAAGAAAACCCACCUGAAGGUACGUUGUUUUUUUUUUCAUUGGGAUGCUCAAACGCACGAACUAGCUGACAUCAGGCAAUUUCCGCAUUACUGUGUUGUCUUGAGGGUGCGACCUUAA